AUGAAGUUCACUCUAGGCCUGGGGUCGCGGGCGUGGAGAGUGUCCUGGGAGCGCCCGGCGGCGGCGGCGGCCAGCCCGGGGGAGGGCGGCUGCGCGCUCGGCGGCGGCGCACGGCGCGUUUCCAGCCCGCGCCCCCGCCGCGGCUCUGAACUCGCGCGCACCCUCCCUCUAUGCCUCUUCCGCGGCGGCGGCGCCCGAGCUCUCCCGGACUCUGCCGGGCCCAGCCCCGGCCGCCUCGGCGCCAGGCAGCUGGCUGGCCCGCGCGCUAUGGAGCAGACGUACGGCGAGGUGAACCAGCUGGGCGGCGUGUUCGUCAACGGCCGCCCACUGCCCAACGCCAUCCGUUUGCGCAUCGUGGAACUGGCGCAGCUGGGCAUCCGACCCUGUGACAUCAGCCGGCAGCUUCGCGUAUCCCACGGCUGCGUGAGCAAGAUUCUGGCGCGCUACAACGAGACAGGCUCCAUCCUGCCCGGGGCCAUUGGGGGCAGCAAACCUCGCGUCACUACCCCCAACGUGGUCAAGCACAUCCGGGACUACAAGCAGGGCGACCCUGGCAUUUUUGCCUGGGAGAUCCGCGACCGGCUGCUCGCCGACGGCGUCUGCGACAAGUACAACGUGCCCUCUGUGAGCUCCAUCAGCCGAAUCCUGCGCAAUAAGAUUGGCAGCCUGGCGCAGCCCGGGCCCUACGAGGCGAGCAAGCAGCCGCCGCCGCAGCCGGCGCUGCCCUACAACCAUAUCUACCAGUAUCCCUACCCCAGCCCUGUGUCGCCUACGGGCGCCAAGAUGGGCAGCCACCACGGGGUCCCGGGCACUGCAGGCCACGUCAGCAUACCCCGUUCAUGGCCCUCGGCACACUCGGUCAGCAACAUCCUGGGUAUUCGGACGUUUAUGGAGCAAACAGGGGCCCUGGCUGGGAGCGAAGGUGCCGCCUACUCCCCCAAGAUGGAAGACUGGGCCAGCAUGAACCGCACGGCCUUCCCAGCCACUCCAGGAGUGAAUGGCCUGGAGAAGCCUUCCUUGGAGGCGGACAUUAAAUAUACUCAGUCUGCCUCUGGCCUUUCUGCGGUAGGCGGCUUCCUGCCGGCCUGCGCCUACCCGGCCUCCAACCAGCACGGCGUGUACAGCGCACCAGCUGGAGGCUACCUCGCCCCGGGCCCGCCCUGGCCGCCAGCGCAGGCGCCCCCGCUGGCGCCACCCGGGGCCGGCGUCACCGUGCAUGGCGGGGAACUGGCCGCAGCGAUGACCUUCAAGCAUCCCAGCCGGGAAGUGGCCGAUCGGAAGCCGUCCAGCCCGGGCGGCAAGGCCCCGGAUGGCCUCAGUAGCUUACACGGACUGCCCAUCCCGGCCUCGACCUCCUAG